AUGGAUUCCCGCUCACCUCCACCACCCCCAACCAUGAUGGUGGGACCCACAUCUUACGCUCCGACCAACACCUCCAUGAUCAGCCCUAAUUCUUCCACAACCAACCUCAUGUCUCCGGCCACCGCUCGUUUUCCUUUCACCUCGCAGCCGCAAUCGGACCCGUUCGCCGUCACUCACGACAGCCCUUCCUCGCCGUCCACGCUUGCGAAGAAAAAGCGUGGCCGGCCGAGGAAAUACUCCCCCGACGGUAACAUUGCCCUUGCUUUGGCUCCGAAUCGUGUUUCUUCCCCUGCCGCUGCUACCUCCGCUUCCGCUGGAGAUUCCGGAAACGCGGAGGCUCCUGCGAAGAAACAUAGAGGAAGACCUCCUGGCUCCGGGAAGAAACAGUUAGAUGCGCUUGGAGCUGGUGGGAUUGGAUUCACUCCACACGUUGUCUUGGUGGAGUCUGGUGAGGACAUUACAGAAAAAGUGAUGGCCUUUUCUCAGUCAGGGCCUCGGACAGUUUGUAUUCUUUCUGCCAAUGGUGCAAUCAGCAGUGCAACCCUUCGACAGCCAUCAGGUGGUAUUGCAAGAUAUGAGGGUCAAUUUGAGAUCAUAUCAUUAUCAGGGGCUGAUGGACGAGUUUUGGGUGGUGCAGUUGCUGGAGUGCUAAUUGCAGCGUCAACGAUACAGGUCAUUGUGGGUAGCUUUAUUAUGGAUCUGAAAAAGUCAAGCUCAAGUAUGGUGAAAUCUGGGCCUUCUUCAGCACCAACUUCCCAAAUGUUGAACUUCGGUGCACCUACAACUCCAACUAGUCCUACUUCUCAAGGGCCUUCAACUGAGUCCUCAGAGGAAAACGAGCAUAAUGAUCAUAACAGUAAUUUUAGUAGGGGGCCUGCACUCUACAACAAUGCUAAUCAGCCUGUUCAUAAUAAUAUGCAGCAGAUGUACCACCAUCCGCUAUGGGCAGGCCAAACUCAUCAGUGA